AUGACGUUGACUGGUCUCAAGCAGCUUCUGGCUGACAAUAGCCGCGUUAUUGUAUUGGAUGGUGGCUUAGCCACUGAAUUGGAAAAAGAUUCGCGUGUUGAUCUGAGCGCCAAUUGUUUAUGGUCAGCAUCUUUGUUGCUCAACAGAAAUGCGCAUUUACACCAAGUGGUCGUGAAUGCUCACAAGACCUACUUUCUUGCAGGGGCGGACGUAGCAACAACUGCCAGUUACCAGGCAUCAAUAGACGGUUUUAAGCGUGAGGGCAUAACGGCCAUUGAAGACGUUGAGAAGCUCUAUGCCAAGAGCAUCAACCUUGGCGUGCAAGCGCGUGACGCUGCGUGGAACGAAUCGGGCCAGAGCCAACGUAUCAAGCCUCUCGUGGGCGCCAGUAUCGGCUGCUACGGCGCUGCACUGGCCGACGGAUCGGAAUACCGCGGUGACUACAACAAGAGCAAGCAGCAGCUCGUAGCAUGGCACAAGCAUCGUUUCGCCUUUUUCACUAACUACGCGCCCGUUGACUUUCUUAUCUGCGAGACAAUUCCGUGUCUUGUGGAGGUAGAGGCGUUCGUAGACCUGUUGAAUGAAUUCCCGGCUGCCCACGCCAUUUUUGCAGUGGCCUGUCGCAAUGGAACGGAACUUAACAGCGGUGAGCCAAUUGCUCGUGUUUCUGAGAUUUUGUACAAACUCAAGAACAAGUCACAGUUGCUUGCGGUUGGCAUCAACUGCACGCCGCCACAAUACGUAGAAAGCCUGCUGCGCGAGUUGAAGUGUCCUUGGCCUAAGGUAGUUUAUCCAAAUAGCGGAGAAGGCUGGGAUAGCGUCAACAAGAAGUGGCUUUCGGCUACUAAUAGUGGUGGCCCGAGCUCCUGGGAAGAGUUACUGCCCAAAUGGUACAAUGCCGGCGCGCGCUUCUUCGGCGGCUGCUGCCGAACGUCCCCAGAUGACAUUCGUGCUAUUCGCGGAUACUUCGAACGCCGUCAGCUGCUGUAA